UGGAACGUUUUCUCUUGAGAAGGUGUCACCCUCCUUUGGUCUAUAAAUUAAUGAAUUCACUUCUUUGUUUAUGGACUGUCACUCCAUACCCCCAAGCAGUGUAGUGGUUCUCGUUUUGAGAUCAACAUGGGUUCUGUAACUAGAAAUUUGGUGCUUUCUUUGGCAUUACUUCUGGCAACAUGCUCUAGUGUUUUGGGGAGAACUGAGAACAAUAUAAAGUCAGCUGUUUUUCUGUCCCCCAAGUUUGAACUUGGAGCAGGAUCAGUUAUCAAUAGAUAUUACUAUGAUAUUGAUUUUCCAAGAGGCCAUAUAGCACUGAAGAGUUUCAAUGCUGAAGUGAUUGAUGAAGCUGGGAACCCUGUGCCUCUCCAUGAAACUUACCUUCACCAUUGGGUUGUUGAAAGAUACCAUCAAAGUAAACAUGUGACACAAAAAGACACAAAAUAUGAUGAUGGGCAUCGAAUGCUUCAAGAGUCUGAUGAUUUUGUCAUUGUGAGGAACAGUGGAAUAUGCCAGAACAAUGCUCUUAGUCAGUAUUAUGGACUUGGUUCUGAAACUAGAGGAACAGCUACAGACAUUCCAGACCCUUUUGGCAUAGAAGUGGGAAACCCUGACGAAAUUCCAGAAGGGUAUGAGGAGAAAUGGAUGCUGAAUGUGCAUGCCAUUGAUACAAGAGGCGUAGAGGAUAAGUUGGGGUGCACUGAGUGCAGGUGUGACCUUUAUAAUGUCACAAAGGAUGAACAUGACAGGCCUUUGAGGCCAGAUUAUGUUGGAGGUUUGUUGUGUUGCUAUGAUUAUUCACAGUGUAAAUUGAGGGAAGGCUUUGAGGUUGAGAGCACAAAGAGAAGCCUCUACCUAAGAUACACAGUGAAAUGGGUUGAGUGGGACAAUUUUGUAGUGCCUGUUAAGAUAUACAUAAUUGAUGUGACUGAUACUUUGAAGAUAUCUGAUGAAUCCAAAGGAAUAACCAGCUCAGAUCAUAAUUGUGUGGUUGAGUAUGAAGUUGAACCUUGCAGCACAGACCAUAAGGAUGGUAAUGGCUGUCAUCAUGUGAAGAGGACAAGCCUCCCAAUGCAAACUGGUGGUUAUGUAAUCUAUGGUGUUGCUCAUCAGCACUCUGGGGCGGUUGGAUCAACUCUUUAUGGACAGGAUGGGAGGGUUAUAUGUUCUUCUGUACCAAGCUAUGGAAAUGGAAACGAAGCAGGAAAUGAGGCAGGCUACAUUGUAGGAAUGUCCACUUGUUAUCCUCAUCCAGGUUCGGUCAAGAUACUUGACGGUGAAACUGUAACUAUUGAGUCUAAUUACAGCAGCAGCCAGAGGCACACUGGAGUUAUGGGGUUCUUCUACCUGUUGGUGGCAGAACAACUACCACACCAACACAUCAUACAUUCCACUCGUUCUUCAUUUUUUAUGGAUGUAAAAGGUAUAAUUUAUUGAUAGGUGUAGUGAGUGUCAUGCUAAUAUAAUAAGCAUAGGGGCAUCUAUGAUUUAUAUAAGCAAAGUGUCAUUGAUGAUAUCUUAGUGUAGAAUCAAAAGAAAUAAUGACAGGCCAGAGCAGUCAAUGGGCAUAUCAUAUUUUUCUCUGAAGGUAUUUACAGAAGCUUAUCCUCAAAUUUGAUUCUAGUUUUAGAAUCUUUUGUGGAAGAGUUUUGAAACAUGGUAGUAGUCAUAUAUAGUUUGUAAUGUUUUCUUAAACCAGUCUUGUUCAUAUUGGCAUAUGGCUAUGUGAUGUAUCUGUGGUACUGUAUAGCUAUACAUGUAAAAGGGUCUUUUGUUUUGUUGUUACACACAAGAGGCCAAGUUUUAUUUUA